CCUCCCGAGAGCUCAGCGCCGUAGUUGUUGUUGUGGUAUGUAAUAAUGGCGGCAGCAGGAGGCGGAUUACCAGCCUCGGCUGUUUUAGCGGGCAUAAACACCUCAGCCACCGUUCGCUGCCGUUUCCCUGGUCGGCCAUGCAUGUCUCGGAACUUGCUGAGGACGGAGAAACGCUCGAAUGUCGGCCGGCUGUGGGCCGAAGACAGAAAAGAGCAGAGGCCCGUCGACUUUGGAGCAACGCUGAGAGAGGAUCCGUCACUGUCGCGCUUGCUCAGGCUGGCGGAGAAGCACAGGCGCCAGAGUGAAGCGGGAUUCUGCACUAGUGGGAGCGAUGAGGAGACAGACUUCACAGGCUUUAAAGUGGACAGGCGGUCCAUGCGUUCUGGACAAGGUUCAUCAAAUGGUCCCCUUAAACUGGCUGGAAAAUCAUCUCUACCUGAAAAACCUGACAUGAAAGUCAGAAAGUUUUCCAAAAAUGACCAAAAAUCUGCAAGGCCUAAAAUGGUUGUCAAAAUGGCAGCCAAAAUUAUGACCAAGAAAGGCGCAGAGCAAGUAAAAUGGCCUUCUGUGGGAAGAGAUGGACAUUUGAAGCAGGGCAGCUCAAGUAAGACAAAUAGUAGGUUACUCAGGGGCCAGAGGGAGGCAGAUAAUGAAAAUGGAGUGGACAAGGCAUUUAAGCAGUUGGAAGAUAAGGGGAAAACUGGAAGAUCGAAGAGAUGUGAUUCCAGUGCACCAGAAAGCCGGACGAGGCACAGGAAAAUAGUAUGGGCUUUAACACUGAUUAAAAGUAAAGAGCAAGCUUCCAAACUUAGAGGGACCCAACACCUAAGAUCUCCAACAGAAAAUGCCAAGGCACUCGAAACCAACCAAUACCACAGGAAGAGGACAACAAAUAUUGCUGGUAGUGAACGGGCAGGUGCUAUAUCCCCGAAACCAGUAGGUAAACAGAGAAGAGUCCACAGGAGUGCCUCUCCAGAAGCAGGAACAGAAGCAGGCCAGGAGCCUGUUUUAUCUCCUGACAGAGAGGCAGGAACAUCACUUAGCGACAGUUUAUGUUCUUCCAGAAAAAAGCCUUUUGUAAAGCGACGAAAGUGUUUUUACGGCCGCCGAAGGAUACCAAAACAAGAAAAGCGGCAGUCAAAUGACAGUCAAGAACAAGCUUCUUGCAUGCCUAGAAAGAGGCCGCGACUUGGCUACGCAAAUGCGUACACUACAGUGCACCAUGCACAGGAACAACCACUCGGCGUUGUUGGGGAGAUGAAAAAGUGUGGCUCUGGAGGCCAAGCAAAACAACCUAAUCACUCUGCUAGGGCAAUUGUUAGCGCUCGUUCUUCCCGAGUCAUCAAGGUACCGAAGAGGUUCAUGGAUGAUGAGCGUAUGUCUGCACUUCCAGAAAAAGGUUCCCCAAAGAAAGCAGCUUCAACUGAGAUUCCAGUGGAUCCCGGCAGAAUUAAUAUUGAUCUUAUCCAAACCCAAAAAUCCGGAAACAGGCUUAAGACCUUACAAGAGCCACUAAUGCUAAAUAAUGCAGAGAAAAGUAUUUUAGAAAUGGGUAAAUCUCAUAGAGGCAAACCUGUUUUGAGUUCCUCUGGGCUCACUGGUGGUCCUCGUGGAAGGGGUGGGAGACACAGCCAAGCUAUGGACCACUGUAAGAUAUAUUGUAAGUUAAAGAGGCUCACAGCAAGCCUGACCAAAAGAAGAAUGCAGCGGGUUGCCAGUGCUAGUUCUAGGGUAAUGAGCGAAGAUUCUGGGGCGUCUCCAUAUACGGAAGUGACUGUUGAUUCAGGAAGGAGAAGAAAGUCUGAUCUCAAUAUGCAAAACCUGUACUCCCCAGGGGUGGUGCCAAAACUAACCAUAAAUCUUGGUGAACGUUCUAAUCAGUCAACCUUUGCGUCUUUGGCAGUGGGCUAUGAUCCAGCUAAAGAGAAUGUAGAGACUAGCAACCUUCAGGGCACCAAUGAUCAGAGGGCAGAAGAUGCCCAGGCGAUGGCAGAGCAUAGCGGUGCCACCUACAGAAUUAAUACUUCAGGUGCGAAAAAGAGGAUGUUCCACCUGCUGAAGAGAGCUAAAGUCCAACUGAUUAAAAUCGACCAGCAGAAACAGCUAAAGUCAACUCAGCUUCUGUUUGGCUCUGUGAGAGCAAGAGACAGAUCAGUUGCCAUCAUUAAGAGCGGCCAGAGGAGAGGGAAGGGAAUAGUCAAGUCUAACACGGAGGGGGCUCCACAGGAGCAUUUGAUUGGUGGUCCUCGAAUAAAGCAUGUAUGCCGAGCAGCAGCGGUGGCUCUGGGACAGCCACGUGCCAUGGUUCCUGAUGACAUCCCCAGACUGAGUGCUCUUCCGUUGCAUGAGAGGGAAGGGAUCACUGCAUCACCUGCUGAAGAGGAUGUUCCAUCUCACUCUGAACCUGAAAGUGAAGGAUCUGUCGAUCAGAAGCCAACAUUUAGGCGUAGGUAUGAAAGUGCUGUUUUUGGCAAUCGGCUAAAGCGCUGCUUGCGCUGCAAAGGCUGCAAUCGGCUGGUGGACUGUGGCAGGUGUGUGUUCUGUCUGGACAAGCCCAAAUUUGGAGGACCCAACAAGAAACGGCAGAGCUGUAUCUUAAAGAAGUGCUCAGUGAUCGAGCAGAACAAAUUGAGACGAUUUAACAAAGUCCAGAUGAAGCGACACCGGUCAUCAGCAGCCUCCGGCAUAUACAGCAGCGAGGAAGAAAACGAGGAAGGUGGAGCUGAAGGCACAUUUAGCCCCACCAGGAGGCAGCCCAGAAGACAGGUCACGCCACAGUGCUACAGAAAACUGCUAGAAUAUGGCGACUCUGACACAGAUACACAAAGUGUUAGCUCUGAAAAGACAAAGGCCAGCUUGACGCCAAAGACUCAGUCCAGUGAUAUGGCUACCUCUGUAACUGCUCCAGAGGAGGCUGCAAAACAGAAAAAGCAAGGGCUUUACAGAGCUUUUUGGGCCCAAAGCAGAAUUGAUAAGAGUGCAGGGGAACACACACAGGCCAGUGUUCUGACUCCGCUGGCUAUUGGCUUUACUCAGAAGGGCAAGCUGCCACAGGGUACUACAAACAAGAUUCGCGUGGACUUCAAGGAGGACUGUCAUAUCCAGAAUGUGUGGUUGAUGGGUGGAUUGAGUAUUCUCACUUCAGUUCCCAUCAUGCCCCAGUCUGUGUGUCUGCUUUGUGCCAGUAAAGGCCAGCAUGAUAUGAUCUACUGCCAGAUGUGCUGUGAGCCUUUCCACCAGUUUUGCCUGGCUCCAGACGACUGCCCGAAAGAGGAGAACAAGGAGAACUGGUGCUGCAGACGCUGCAAGUUCUGCCAUGUUUGUGGCCGCAAGAGCAAGCAAGGAAAGCCAGUUUUGCAGUGCAAGAAAUGCAUGUACUGCUACCAUCCGGCCUGUUUAGGACCCACGUAUCCCAAACCUGUCAAACUGAACACAUCGUGGACAUGUAUGCUGUGCAUUAGGUGUAAGAGCUGUGGUGUGACUCCAGGGAAGUCCUUGGACAUGUCCUGGAACCAUGAGCUCAAUCUCUGCCCUGACUGCACCAAACUCCACAGCAAAGGUAACUUCUGCACUGUGUGUCUGAAGUGCUAUGAGGAGAAUGAGUUUGAUAGCACCAUGAUGCAGUGUGCCCGGUGUGCCCACUGGGUCCAUCCCAAAUGUGAGGGGCUAACAGAUGAUCUGUAUGAGAUCCUGUGUCCUCUGCGGGGGAAGAGUCUGGUGUUCUCUUGUGCCGCAUGUAGUAAGAGAUAUUGCAGCGGCUGGCAGGACGUGGUGCAGGAAGUUUUGAAAAACGGGUUGGUGAAGAUCAUGAAUGGAUUGAAAAGCUCCCCGACCUCCUACCACCUCUUGAUUUGUGCUCAGUGUGAGGCCUGUCCAGACAUGGAAAUUAUAAAGGAACAGUCAGGCUGUUGUCUACAUCCUGUAGAGCAGAAGCUGCAGAAGAACCUCUAUACCACACUGAAAGCAUUUCACGAAGAUGUUGCGACGGUGAUGGUGGAAAGACUGAAAAAAGAGGAGUCUCUUAUAGAGGAGCAGAGGCCCACCUGCCGUGCUAAGCAGUAUUAUAUAAAGCUAGUAGAACAAGUAUUCAGCUGGUUCAAGAGUCAGGACCCCAAGACAUGGAACUCUCAUAUCCAAGUUUUUCCAAGUGGUAUGCUCCCUGAAGCAGUAAUUCCCCCGAGCGAUGAACACAGUUAUGCGCAAUGGCUCAAAGAGCAGGACCGCACCAUUAUCAGGCCAGAGGGAAGCCCAGAAAACCCUCAGUCACAUGAUCCACAGAAGGUGAACUCCUUUGUGGAUGAAAGACAGUGCAGCUUCUGCCCGCAACCUGGAGAUGCCAAACCGAAUGAUGCUGGUAGGCUUCUGUAUAUUGGGCAGAAUGAAUGGGCACAUGUAAACUGCUGUGUGUGGUCGGCGGAAGUGCAGGAGGUCAAAGGAGCAUUACUGCAUGUCCACAGUGCUGUCGCCAGAGGCCGUUGCAUGCGCUGCGAGCAUUGUGGCCAGACGGGAGCGACAGUGGGCUGUUGUCUUUCCUCCUGUCAAAGUAAUUACCACUUCAUGUGUGCUCGUGCCAGCAACUGUGUCUUCCAGAGCGAUAAGAAAGUGUACUGUUACAAGCACCGUGACCUCAUCAACAACAAGAUUGAACAGGGAAAUGGGUUUGAAGUUCUCCGAAGGGUGUACGUAGAUUUUGAUGGAAUCAGUCUCCGGAGGAAGUUUUUAACAGGCUUGGAGCCAGAGUCUGUAAAUGUCAUGAUUGGAUCUCUACAUGUUAAAAAACUUGGUGUUCUGACAGAGCUGUCAGAAAAUUGUGGAAAAUUGUAUCCAGUUGGUUACCAAUGUUCUAGAUGGUAUUGGAGCACUGUUGACCCUCGAAGACGAUGCCGGUAUACUUGUAAAGUGACAGAGGUUCGACCAUCUACGCAAUGCAAAACUUCUAACUCCUUGUUGGAUCAGGGAGAAAAUCAAACUAUUGUGCACAGCCCUAAAUCCCACAAUGAUGAGGAUGGCACAUACAGUGAGCCUUUUUCACCUGAGCCGCCCCCCAGCACACCCUCCAAGACCAAACAAGAUUUAGGGGCUGGAGGUAAGACUCCUGGGUAUCCACACAGCAGGAGACCAGCAGGAGGAAUGUCCAGACCAUUACCCUCCCCAGGUAACGUUGUUUCCACAUCCCAUCAUAUUUUGACCAUCAGUGACCUUGAUGAAACCCGACGGGUAACGAGGCGACUUUCCACACGUAGCCGAAAUGCCUCUCCUCCCCUUGCGAUCCUUCCGGGCCCAGUGACUGUACGAUCAGUGGGCACAGGUCACCCUAGGUCACUUUCAUUUAGCCCCCCUGUCUCACCACUCGGUUUAACUGAGAACCACAUGAGCUCCACCUCACCUCGACGAAAAGGGAGGCCUUCCUCUUUGUCUCCCUCUAGCGUCACCUCAAGGCCCUCUCCACCACAAGUGACUCUCCGAAGUCCCUCGUCGGCCUUACCUUUGUCUCCCUGUCUCUCCCCAAGGCUUCAGCAGCCUUUAAAAAUCACACCAGGACCACAAGACCUUUCCCCUUCAGAGCCAGUAGAGGUUGCAGGUGUGCCAAGCCACAGAAUUUCCUUGACGGCCACCAUAUCUGACAAGUCAGAUCAAGAACUGCUUCCUGCAUUCUUUGAUCCAGACACAGAUGUGGCAGUGGCCUCGAUAUUAAAUGCAAAGCUAGAAUUCAAUGAGGCUUUACUCAAUGAAAAUGUGGCUCUGCACUGUGACCCACAAGGUGUUGAGGGAGACACUGAUGAAAUCAGGGAUGGAGAAUAUGAGUUUGAGAACAGUUUGUCAGGUGUGACGCAAGUCGGUGCUGGCCAGAAGGACUUGCCUUGUCCUACAACUUCAGAGAUGCAGAUGGAAGCAGACUCCGCUGAUCAGGAUUCUGGCCAUUACUUAAACUUCUCUCGCACAGUAGUGGUGUGUGAGGUUGCCAAAGACUCUGCACAGGUAGGUCUCACUGUCUGUCCUAACUCAGGGUCUAUUUCGCAGCUGGAUGGAGCUGACAAUGACUCGGAAAGUGAUGCAAGUGAAGCCAACAUAGAGGAUGACUCUCAGGAAGUAGGGAAUAAUUUCCGUAGUCGGGAUACUGAGCCAUCAAAAUGCACUGGUUCAAACAAGGACAGAACUCUUGGCAAUGGGCAGCUAGUUUGCACACUAUCUUCAAUAUCUGCAAAUCCUUGUACAACAGAUUCUGUUGAUCAGAAUUCUGAGCUGGAGAAUUCAGAGAGACAAACCAUGGACCAAGUUUGUGAAGAACAGGACUUUCAGGAAAUAACUUAUUUGCAUGAGAUUGGGAACUUGCUUGUUGACUCCAGCACUGGUGUAUCCAAUCAACAAGAAGCAGCUUUCACAGAGGGGCUAAAAGAGCAUGAAAUGACUGCAACAACCCCCAAUGUUUACAAAGGCAGUGAUCUUUUUACAAGUGAGGAGGAAGUCUUGAUGGACAAUGAAUCAACAGAUAGUUCAAAAGAGGUAUUCUUGGAUGACACCAGUGGUAAUUUUAUAUCUGCUGUUGACGGCAUGACUUUGGAGAGGACAGAAAAUGCUGCUGAUCGUGAGGAAGCAUGUGAUUCCUCGUCAGCAAAUUCAUUAAACAGUAAUGGAUUUGAUCUAAAGGACACUGCAUCACUUAAGAAACCAGUAGCAGUUGCACCUUCAAGUAGUACUAGAAAAAUUAAUAUCAUCACGCCAGCUAGACACACACAAAGACGUUUAAUUAACAUACAGCCGGUAUCACAACCCCAAGCCCUCCAGAUGGCCGUGUCUGUUGGCUCCUCUUUGCCACUGUCCAUGCCUGUCAACGUUGUUUCAUCUUCUCCCGGCAUGUGUGUUACUUCACAAGGAACACCACUUGUUUCUGGCCCGGUUGUAAUGAAUGGUUUUGGAGCUCUGCCUAAGGGAACCACAAAGGGUCGUACCAUUGCCAUACGCAUUGCCACCCCAAAACAGGUGAAGGAACAUUCUCUGCCACAAUGUUUUCCCUGUAUGCCCCCUUCACCUCAGGUUCUGCUUGUCAACCGCGCCGGCCAGAUUCUAGUGAAAAACCCGCAGACUAACACGUACCAGAUAGCUAGCGCUAAUUCCCCCUCGUAUACCCAGAUCAGCCAGAUUGCGAAGAUGAUCCACAGUGGGAAUAUUCUCCAGCGACCAGUCCCUAAGGUUACAGUAAUGCCUGUGCCGCAGGCUCAGGCUAGUCUUGGCAAAAGCCCCCCGACACAUAUCAUAUCGUACAGCAACAGAGAAGCAACACCAUCAACCCAAGUGCUGAUCCAGAGGAUACCUCAGAGUGAUACAGGAAGCCAUCUGCUUGGUAUCAGUCAGCACAUAGAAAAAACAGUUGUGGUUAAGACCAAGAAUACCUCAAUAUCUGAGGGCGGGCAGAAGCAAUUGGCCCAGGCGAUAAUAGACAAAGCAAUGGCAAGUCACCGUGACAUAAGUCCCAGUCUUCUGACCCCUUCUAAAAUUCAAGUCUUUCCCCACCUCAAUAAACACCUCUCUACUGACUCAAGUAAAUCUUCUCCUGGGAUUCAUCGGCGGACUCAGCCCAACAUCCUGUCCCACUCUAGGCCUCAGGUCAAGAUCAAGAGGGUGUCUUCAACAAAUAAUCAAAUUGGUGUGAAAAAAUGCAAGACUGACUUCUUGGACCAGACAGACCCUAGUUCCCAGGAUGACCUCCUCAGAUCAAACAGGGUUAGAAUAAAGGCCCCAAGUGUUAAGGAUGCCCUUGAUUUUGACGACCCGGAUGUCGACGACCCGAAUGUCAGAUCUCUUGAACAGCCGAAGAAUGAAUUCAAAGUGGUUGAACAAAAGAGAGUUAGUCAAAAAGAAUUGGGACCCACUGCAACACAGGGAAGUGAUAUACGUGACAGUGGCAAUUUGAGCUCCAAACAUGGAGAAAACUCUGAUUGGGCUCCCUAUGCAGGGUGGAGUUCAGAUGAGGACUUUCCAUCACCUAGCAAGCUGGACAAGUGUUACAGUCAGUAUCAACAUCACCUGCGCUUCCAAAUUACCAGUGAGGAUGGAUUCAGUAUAGAAGCAGAGAGUAUGGAUGUGGCAUGGAAGGCAGUGAUGGAUGGUGUCCAGGAGGCGCGUAUAGGCUGUCGUUUGGAGCAUUUGCCGUUCAGCAGGGUAAAUGGUGCCAGGGUGCUGGGUGUCCUCCAUGAUGCUGUGCUCUUUCUGCUGGAGCAGCUGCAGGGUGCUUCACUCUGCCGGAAACACAGCUUCCGUUUUCACCAGCAUGAGCAACAGGAAGAGGAGUUGCCAAUCAACCCCAGUGGCUGUGCUCGCGCUGAGGUCUAUGAUCGAAAAUCUACCUUUGAUAUGUUCAAUUUCCUGGCGUCGCAGCAUCGUCAGCUUCCUGAGUCUAGGCCAUGUGAUGAUGAAGAGGAUGACGUUCUGCUCAAAUCCAGCAGACGGGCAACAAGUACAGAGUUACCAAUGGCUAUGAGGUUCAGACACUUGGAGAAAACAUCUAAAGAGGCUGUAGGAGUUUACAGAUCUGACAUUCAUGGUCGGGGUCUUUUCUGCAAGAGGAACAUUGAGGCUGGAGAGAUGGUGAUUGAGUAUGCUGGUAAUGUCAUUCGAUCGGUUCUUACAGACAAGAGAGAGAAAUACUAUGACAGCAAGGGCAUUGGCUGUUACAUGUUUCGGAUUGACGAUUUCGAUGUGGUGGACGCCACCAUGCACGGAAACGCAGCGCGAUUCAUCAACCACUCAUGUGACCCUAACUGCUACUCAAGGGUCAUCAAUGUGGAGGGCCAGAAGCACAUAGUUAUUUUCGCCCUGCGGAAGAUUUACCGAGGAGAAGAGCUCACCUACGACUACAAGUUCCCCAUUGAAGAUGCCAGUAACAAGUUGAACUGUAACUGUGGUGCCCGGCGCUGCCGACGCUUCUUAAACUAGAGUUACCUUCUGUUUCCACCAUCUAGGGUAAAAUUUUGGGAUGGGUGACUGCCAGCUGUCCUUAACUCUCUUUUGGAAUCGUCUUUGAAGGAAGGAACCCGUAUUACAGGUGCUGAAGGGUUCAAAGAUGAAUCCAUUUUAAAGGAACAUUAGGGAAAACAACUUAAUCAGAUCACAAUCUGCAGAUUGUUGGCUAGGCGUGUAGCGAUUUAUAGACCACCAGCUUGUUUGACUAUUUGGGUUGAACAUGGGUGGGUUCCCCCGUAUGUUACUGUUUAACAACUCGGCAAUAUGAGCCAUGCUACUGCUAAAUCCUGGACUAGAUUAGGCUUGCAAUUGACUCCCUUAUGCUAAUGUCCAGUGUUUAAUUUUGUAAUUUGCUUUGAUUCAACAAUGAAAGAUUGUGACCUCAUAACUGCUUACAUAAAUAAGUACCCUUAACUAUGUCCCUUGUCCUACUUUGUCCCAGCAUGUCUUUCAAAUCUCGCCACUGGUGGCUGGAAAUGUAGUAGAUUUAUUCUGGGACCCGAAGGAUACUUUAAAUCAGCUGUUAGUACUAAUGUAUAAAGGAUUUCAUAAUGGAAGAUACCCUGAAGUUUGAAAAGGGGUUUGAUUAUUUUUGCUACUGAUUCAGGGGCGUUCCUUUGACAGGUCGCCUUUAACAGCACCUUGAUAAUCUUUGCUCUUUUUCCAGAAAUGUUAACACAGUAUGUAUGAACCAGAACAGGCUUACUAUUCAUACAAAAAUGCCACAGAACCUCUUAUAUGACACAGUGGUUUGAAACUUAAACAGGAGCCUGUUUAUUGUUUCUAGAACAUUUACAUUGUACAUUUGUUUCUCUGUGUGCUUAUUUAUAUGGGUGCAAGUGAAUGCAUCAAUUACAACCACUUUUUUAACAGAAUAGCCCAAAUAGAUUUAAUCCCUUGACUGUUUAACAUAUUUAAAUUUAAGUUAGAAUUAAUUUGCCCUGAAUGCAUAUAUAGAUGACUGCCCACAUUUUGCUGCAGUCAUGUACAGAUAUUAUAAGAUUUGCAAGGAUGUUUCAUACCAUGAAUGCACAUGCACCCAGAGCCCAAAUCUUGACAGAUAGUUUUAAGAACUCACUGUUUUUAUGUGCUUUUAUAUCUUGAGGCAAGUGUUUUGGGGGGGUCUGUUGCUAUUUUGUGCCAAUUAGAAUUACUUGUGCAGUUUAAAGAUGAUAGUUAAAAAAAUUCCCAUCUCUGAUUAACUUUAUCUGAGUCUUGAGUCAUCUAAACAUGCCCAUGGUAUGCAUAUGAUAUGCAGAGGUUUAGCUUCGCCAAGCCCUUGUUUACACAGCACGUUUUGGCCUAUUCUCUUCUCUUUGGGUUGACUACCUCAGUAGCUCAGUAAAGCAGUGAUGGCUAGUGAAGUACAAACAAUAGCAUAAAGUAUGCUGGGGUAAUCCCACACUAGCUCUGAUUUUAUGCAAUGUGACUGUUUGGUUGUUAAUUUGUUUUUCCAGAAAAUUCCCGGACCCUUCUUCCCUCUGCUUUUGUACAGAAUUUAAGUGUGCUUAUUGUUAAAAAUUAAGACUGAGGCUUGAUUCCAUCACUGAAUGUGAGGGAGCACAGAGUUCAUCUAAUUCAGAGUCAAUCUUUGUAUAUAGUUGUAUACAAGAAUUUCAAGAUGUUACAUUUUUCUACGCACUUUUUUUUUUUUUUUAAUUUAUGAUGUUAUGUACGUAAUAAAAUCCAAAACUAUUUGAACAAAAUACAAUCUUGAAAUGUGUUUGUUCUAUAUCUUGGGUCCUGUGACUAGUCCCUAUUUCUUUUAGGUUUUCCGCACCUUUUGUUUUUAACUAGUUUGUUUUAAAAGGUCACCUGUGAGAGAAUGUUUUUUAAGAACAAAAAUUCCAUGUACUCUAAACUACUAUAAGGUCAUAAAAGCAGCAUGUAUGAUAAUUAAAGACAAAUUCAAAAGAUUUAGUUUAAAAUUAAAGGAGUAAUUUAGUUUCUCUACCCUGUGAAGGAAAAAGGUAACAUCUUUUCUUGGUUGUAUUUUCUGAAAAUAGGAUUUGAAAAUAAGAAAAAUUAUUUUGUUGGUCCUUGAAGUGAUUUUAGAUAUUUAAGUAAGGUUUGUUUUGUUGAAAAGUAUUGAAAAGUGCUUAAGAUUUAAAUGGAAUAUUUCCUCCAAGUAAUGUGUUGUCUAACAAAGAUGAGAUCUAUGCACUCCACUUUAAUUAAAUAUUAAUGUGCCUUUUAAUAUCCUUACUGAUCUUUACAGUCAGUUGUGGAUCAAAAAGUAAACAGUAUCAAACAGCAUUGAUGUGGUAAAAAGGCCGUGUGACUCAUAUCACGUUAAUGUGCACUUAACCGAAACAUUUUGAGACUCUUCCUGAAAUGCCAGUGUUCUUAGAGAUGGUACAGUGUUAGCGCUUGUUAUGCACAUGAAUGUAAACGCAAUGUAAAUACUUGUGCAUUUUUUACACAUUUCAAACAGUGUAAGCUUAUAUAAUUAUUAAAUAUGCAAUUUCAUGUCAUAAUAUUAAUUGAUGGAAUGCAGAAUUUUAAUAUUUAAAAAAAGCUCAAAUGUGAUG